AUGGCAUUCUCAUCAUCUUCAUCAGAAGACAAUUUUGGGGCAGCCCGGUCGUCAUUGCGAGACUCAAGGUUUACAGGCAUCAACAGCCCCUCGGAGGCCUCGAGUCGCGGCAAGGCUCCCGACGGCCCUCAAUUUGAUAUAAUCUCCUGGUAUCCAAAGUAUCAAAGCUGCCAACGCUACUUCUUGGACCAUGCUCAGUACGAACCUCUGGUUCAGGCAUUUGCCUCCUUCAUCAACAUUCUGCUGCCAUUUCAAAGACUACCUCAUCCGGUCCUUGGCUUCAGCUCCUCCAGAAGUAGCAAAUCUAGACAUGACAGAGACUCGGCAAGACCUUCGCCCUCCGAGUCUUCAUCGGCUGCGGCCUCGGCAGUGUCUUUAAUCCCAUAUCUACGUCGAUUGGUCGUGACCGGUAUGGAUGUCCCUCAAGUAUUGCAUGGCUUUUUUGGUGAUGAUUGGAGGGCUGGUGUUGGACCGCAGCAGGAACAAGAGCGGCGGAACUAUCUUUUUGCUGCUAAGAGUGGAGGGUGGGCAUCCGUGAAGAGUGAUUACGAUAUCUUGCCCUUGGAGACCGUCCCGUUCAUGCGACCAUUGAACGACCCAUCCGAGGGAGAGAUAGAGGCCGCCGAACGGAGUUGGUCCGAGUGGCUCGCUCUGGAGGAUUGGAUGGUCGGCUCUCGUGCUCCUGGAACAGGAUAA